AUGAGUUAUUUAGCUCAAUCAAGUCGAUUAACUGCUCUACUUAUCAGUCUUAAAAAUAAGAAAUUAAUAACAACUGAUCAAUAUACACGUUUAUGUGAUUAUGCUAUCAAUGAUAAUGCUGAAUUGAAAGCUCUAUUUAUGGAUUAUGAAAAGGGUUUGUCUUAAAAUGAUUUUUUAUCUGGAGUUUCAAUCAUUCUUAACAAUAAAAAUGAAAGUGAACAUAUAAUAAAAUCUUACUUGUAUUCCUAUUAUCUAUAUAUUUAGUGAAUCUGUUGUUAGCAUUAACUCACAACUUAAAGGAAAAAUCAAAGAAUUUUAUAGAGACAUCAAGGUAUCCAAUAUUUUUCAUAUCAAUUAUUUUAGACUAAUAUGAAUGAAAUUUAUGAAGAAUGUUUCAAAGCAUAGCAUCAUUUAUAAGAAAUCAAAGAUUUAAUAAAAUUAAUCUUAAAACAAUUUUAUGUGGAAGAAUUUUAUCUAAUUCAAUUCGAAGAAGGACAUCAAUGUGUUAUUCUAACCAAUAAUUUUGAUUUUAAAUUCUUUAAGGAAGAAUAUAAAAUUAGUUCUUGGGCACAUAAAUAAAAUGCUCAUCAACUUAAUAAUACAUAAACAGAACAUUAUGCUUUACUUAAGACACAUAAUCUUCCUAAAUAAUAUAUUAUCUCGUAACAUGCUGUCCUGUUUUUAACUUUUAGUGAUAAUGUCAAUAAAACAUAUUCAUAAUACUUUAUGGCUACUUUUCUUUAUGAUAAAUUUAUCACAUUAAUUUAUUAAGGAUAUUAAAUUGUUGGAUUAAAGAAAAUGCAAUCUGUUAGAAAUGAAAUACUAUAACUUGUAUCUAGAACUAUUGAAUUGUAUAAUUAUAAAUUGAUGUUUCAAAUUUUAGUUUAAAUUAUGCAAUAAUUUAAUUUAUAAAACUUUUUAUGUUAAUUUGAAAAAGAACUGACUAAAUAACAAACUAUUACUAAUUAUUUAUUAAUACUACUUUCAAGUGAUCUAGAUAUAAUUGGAAUUGAAUUAGAGGGUAAUCUCUCUUUACAACUAGUUAAUAAAAUUAAAAGUACUUUUAAAAAAUCAAUAAAAAAAUUUAAAAAAAAAUUAAAACUCAAAAAAGACUUAUUAGAAUCAUUUUAAUAAGUUACUUAACAUAAUGAAAUGAUUAUGUGUUUGUUUUUCAACAAUUUCUUUAAUCUUUAUUAUAUGACUGUUUAAUGGAAUCAUGAUCAAUUUGUGUAAUUAUUAAUUAUUUAUAAAUCUAGAUCAAAAUAUAGUUUACCUAAAGAAAUGAAUUAUGGUGAUCCAAUUUAUAAAAUAUUUGAUUCUAAUCAUACAAUCAUUUAAAAAGUAAAAGAAAUUAUUGAUUCUCCAAAUGAUCAUUUAGAAUUUAAUGAUGGAUUUUUUAAGUUUUCAUUAAAGAUAGAAAGAGGAUUUAAAAAAUAAAUUAAAUAAAUUUCAGUAUUUUUAUUUAAUAUUUAAGUAAAAAGGUAAAUAAAUUGUAUUAAUUUUAGACCUCUUGCAGAUUUAUUUAAGAUAUUUAGAAGCAAAGUAAAAAUCUUACUUACAAUAAGAAAGGCAACUUUAGCCUUUAAAUCUAAAUAACUCAUGAUGGAAAAUCAAUUUUUGAGACAAUCAGCAUUAGUGAUGUACCUUCCAGAUUAGGAUAGAAGAAAAAUAACAUAAACUGCUAAUUAAGAUCAUGAUUAAGAUUUAGAGAAAUAUCGAAAUUAUACAAUGAAAUAAGCAUCAAAAAAGUUAUAACAAUUUUUAAAUAAAUAUGAUGAAGAAGAUGUAAAAAAUCCUGAAAUUCGAAGAAUUGCUAUAGAUUCAAAUUUAUAAUAAAAAUUAUUGGAUUACGAAUUCAAUCUUUUGAAUAAGAAAAUGUAUAAGAAUAAAUAUAUUAUUGCUUUUAACCUAUUUUAAAUGUGUGAGUAUACAAAAUAGUAUCCAUUACUAAAUAAAGAAUUUAUAAAUUUUAUGACAAUUUUGAAAUACAAAUAUAAUAAAAAGUCUAAUCCAUUUCACAAUUUUACUCAUGGUGUUAAUGUUAUGCAUGGGUGUUAUUUAUUUGGUCAUCAUUAAAAAUUUGGUUAAUAUUUUUCAGAUUUAUAAAGAUAUGCAAUGACAUUUGCUGGAUUAUGUCAUGAUGUAGAUCAUUCAGGAACAACAAAUUUAUUUUAAGUUAAUGCUUAAACUAAAUUAGCAUUAUUAUAUAAUGAUAAAUCAGUACUGGAAAAUCAUCAUGUUGCAGUAACAUAUAAAAUAUUAGCACAUAAAUAAUGUGAUUUUUUUGGUUAAAUACCAAAAACAGAUAAAAUAACAAUAAGAAAAUAUGUUGUUAAUAAUAUUUUAGCUACAGAUAAUCAAUAUCAUUUUAAUUUAUUAAAUGAUAUUGAAAUUAGAUUUGGUUAAUCUAAAGGAGAUCCAAAAAUAUUUGGUAUUUUAUAAUUAUAAUUAUAAAAUUAGAAACUGAAGAGAAUAAACUUUUGUUAAGUGGAUUUUUAACACAUGCAGCAGAUUUCUUUGGUGCAGCAAAAUAACAUUAAGUAGCUAGAGCAUGGAGUGAAAGAUUAAGAAAAGAAUUUUAAGCUUAAGUAAUUUUUUUAAACUUAAUUAAUUUAAGUCUCAAUUAGAAGAUAUUAUUGGCAUUGCUUAAACUCCAUAUUUAAGAAAUUUAGAUAAUCAAGUACAAUAUGCCAAAAAUGAAGCAGGUUUCUUAAAAGUUAUUGUUAAACCAAUUUAUGAAUCGUUAAACAAUUAUUCUGAUGGAGCUUUAUCACUAUAAGUAACUAAUAUCAACUUAAGCAUCAAAAAAUAUGAAGAGAUUAUUGAAUCAGCAAAUCAAUGA